GCAGAACUCCUGCUCCAAUGCACUUUAGUUCAUUUGUGGCACCCUUAGCUAGAAAAGCUAAGAUUAGGAGCUGCAUGUGCCUCUGUCCCUGCCCCUGGACUGGGAGCCUCUCUCAUUUCAGCAGCAAAGAGGAGGGGAGGUGACUGUCCUUUGCAAGGCUCUGUGGGGGAGGGAAAGGAGGGGUUUCCUGUGGAUUAGCCCUUGAUAUUACAGAAAGCCUGGUGAGCCACUGGUGAGACUUCACCUUCCUUUGAGCUGCAUAAGAGGCUGGGAUCGCUGCUGCACUUGCCACUCACCGCUCUUCCCCUGAUUCCAGCUGUGUCCCAGUACCUGUCUGUAUCACCCGUAAGCUUCUUCACUGCCGCUGCCUUCUGCACGGACCAAGAUCCACUGGAAGUGGAAUCCUUCCAAAAUGACAGACAACCAGUCAGACAUCAGUAUUCAAAUGUCAAGUACAAACGGCCUCCCCAGCAGAAAAGAGUCCUCUCAAGACCCAUCAGUCAGCAGAGGAACCACUGUGACCUUUCACAACAUCUGCUACAGAGUGGAGGUGAAGAGUGGCUUCAUAUGUUGUCGAAAAACAACCGAUAAAGAAAUUUUGAAAGAUAUCAAUGGGGUUAUGAGACCAGGACUGAAUGCAAUUCUGGGACCCACUGGCAGUGGCAAAUCUUCGCUAUUGGAUAUCUUAGCCGCAAGGAAAGAUCUUCAUGGGCUGUCUGGACACGUUUUGAUAAAUGGAGCUCCUCAGCCUGCCAACUUUAAAUGUAUCUCCGGAUAUGUGGUACAGGAUGAUGUGGUGAUGGGAACCCUGACAGUGAGAGAAAAUUUCCAGUUCUCAGCAGCACUCCGGCUACCCAUGUCUGUGAAGGAACGGGAAAAGAAGGAACGAAUUGACCAGAUCAUCAAGGAACUGGGUUUGACCAAGGUGGCAGAUUCCAAGGUUGGCACCCAGUUCAUUCGUGGGGUAUCUGGGGGAGAGAGAAAACGGACCAAUAUUGGAAUGGAACUCAUUACUGACCCUGCAGUCUUGUUCUUAGAUGAACCAACUACUGGAUUAGAUGCCAGCACUGCCAAUGCGGUCUUGCUGCUCCUGAAAAGGAUGUCAAAGCAGGGGAAAACAAUAAUCUUUUCCAUCCAUCAGCCCCGGUACUCCAUAUUCAGAUUGUUUGACAACCUGACAUUAUUGGCUGCAGGAAGAAUGCUGUACCAUGGCCCUGCUCAGAAUGCCAUUGAAUACUUCAAAUCUAUUGGUUAUGAAUGCGAGCCAUUCAACAAUCCUGCUGAUUUUUUUCUGGAUGUCAUUAAUGGAGACUCAACUGCUGUGGCAUCAAGCAAGGACGAUGCUGAUCUAGAUAACAUUGAAGAACACAUCAACCGUGAUAAGACUUUGGCAGAGACGUUAGCAGAGCACUAUUCCAGUUCUACCUACUACAAAGAAACGAAAGCAAUAUUACAGAACAUUUCUUUGGAGGAUAAAAAGAAAGUGAAGACAAUUUUCAGACAACUUACGUAUACCACUUCCUUCUUUCAUCAGCUCAAGUGGGUGUCCAAACGCACAUUUAAAAACUUGAUAGGCAACCCUCAAGCCUCCAUAGCUCAGCUGUGUGUUACAAUUUUCCUGGGACUAGUUGUAGGUGCCAUUUUCUUUGGGAUAAAAGAUGAUUUUACCGGUGUGCAAAACAGAAUUGGAGCAAUGUUCUUCGUGACCACCAACCAGUGUUUCAGCAGUAUUUCAGCUAUUGAACUUUUUAUUGUGGAAAAAAAGAUAUUUAUACAUGAAUAUAUCAGUGGGUACUACAGAGUGUCUGCAUACUUCAUCUCAAAGCUAAUGGCUGAUCUAAUACCCAUGAGGACUUUACCAAGCAUCAUCUUCACCUGUAUAAUUUAUUUCAUGUUAGGUUUGAAGCCAAGAGCAGAUGCCUUCUUUAUAAUGAUGUUUACUCUUAUGAUGGUAUCCUACACGGCCACUGCUAUGGCGCUAGCAAUUGCAACAGGACAGGACGUGGUAGCUGUAGCUAAUCUACUCAUGACCAUCGCGUUUGUUUUUAUGAUUAUUUUCUCCGGGUUGUUGGUAAAUCUUACAAGCGUCAUGUCUUGGCUUUCCUGGCUGCAGUAUUUCAGCAUCCCUCGAUAUGGCAUGACAGCUUUGCAAGUUAAUGAAUUUACUGAUCUGAAAUUUUGCCCUGGUAUCACUAAUACAAGUCAGAUUGAUACGAACUGCACACAGGUUAGCCAACCGUAUUGUACUGGAGAAGAAUAUUUGAAAAACCAAGGAAUUGAGGCAACUUCCUGGGGCCUGUGGCAGAAUCAUGUGGCUCUUGCAUGCAUGACAAUCAUUUUCCUUACAAUUUGUUAUCUGAAACUGCGCUUCAUGAAAAAGUUAUCUUAAAACAAAAGUGUAAAUAAACUGUGAUUCACACUGUUUGGAUAGUUUUAUAAGUUAGAAAACUGAAUUGAUUUUUUGUUAAUAGUACUCUUUUGUAUCUUAUCUCUUGCCUCAAAAUUGAACAAAGUUAACAAAAAUCUUCAGCAAUACUAAAUAUUCAUUGAAAUUGCACUUUUUGGAAAUUUACAGUAUUCCUGAAUUUUCUUUUUGGUCAUGAAAUGUACAUAUGAGUAUUCAUCUCUUCAUUAGACCAAUUGUAAAGGGUGCAGUGCCACAAAAGGAGAAGCAGGCAGAAGGUGAGGUUAUGGCUCUGCCCAGCCUCUCACAUCUGCUCACUGGUCAGAUGUAAAAUCGGUUUGCAUGGCUUCAGUAAUGUGGAAAUAUUUAUUGCUGAAUACAAACUUAACUAUCAUGCAUGGGAAAAUGUGCAUUAAAUAUACAUGCCAAAUAUAAUGUAUAUUUUCUUUGCACAAUGUUUCAGUUAGGAACACAAAUUACCAUACUGCAACAGACCAGUAAUCUACUUUGGUGUCCUAUCUCCAUUGUGAGAUUUUUUUUUUAAAGUAAUAAUUUUUUGGUUAUUUUUAUUUGUCUUCUGCUCUUAGGGUGAAUUUGCUUCAUGUUUUCAAGCUUUAUUCUGGAACCAUGUGGGCUAGAAACUUCUUUGAAGUGAGAGCUGAGAUUCUCAUGUAAUCUCUUGAUUCCAGCCAUUGCUUGGUGUUUUCCUUAAACCCUCAUCGCCAGACUCAUGAUCAAAUAGUGAGAGCUGGCAACACUGCCUUAACAACAUACUACAGCUGUAAUACCUGGAGAAACUACAUAUUAAUGUAAAUAAAUUAUCACUUUAUGACAGGUUUCAGAGUAGCAGCCAUGUUAGUCUGAUCCACAAAAAGAACAGGAGUACUCGUGGCACCUUAGAGACUAACAAAUUUAUUUGAGCAUAAGCUUUUGUGGGCUACAGCCCACUUUUUCGGAUGCACAGAAUGGAACAUACAUUGAGGAGAUAUAUAUACACACAUACAGAGAGCAUGGAAAGGUGGGAGUUGUCUUACCAACUCUGAGAGGCCAAUUAAG